UUUUUGCACACAGUCAAGCUUCUGCACUGACACGGAACGUCGCCUUUACCUUCCUCACUGAUAGUGCGACUACAAAGGGAACCAAAUGACAGUGAUGAGCAUUCUAUCAUUGUGACCGUCUCCAUUCAACUUCCUCCCCUUUGUGACCCAACAACAAUAGCGCAUGGAACAUAAACGGGACAGUAAAGAAAUCACAUGGAGGUGCUCUUGAGCUCACAUGACAGUCCGAGCCAUGGCCGGAGAGAUCAAUGAAGGCUCAGUUCCUGCCUACUACCGAGAAGUGCACGAGGCUGUCUGCUGCCAGAAUGAUGAGAAGGUUCAGGUUGAAGUGUUUCAAAGGUUACUUGAAAGUACCAAACUCUCCAAGGCAGUUCAAGCCCAGAUUGCAGAAAAAGUUUACACAGCCGCCGAUGGAUUCUUGAGCAAGUUGGCAUUUUACAAAGCGCUCGCUUUCAUCGCCGUCGCCCAGCAAGGGAAGCAACCGAGUCUCAAAGUCCUGGAGAGCUACAUUCAAGAGUUCCCCAAGCCUCAGCUGCGGGAGCCGUGUGAGUUGCGCACGCUGAGGAUGCAGCCGGCUCAGCGAGACCCGCUGACGCUGUCCCUGGACCUGGACAGGCUGCUGAAGAGAGACGCUGUCAAGGUGGAGCUCAUACCGGAGAAGAAAGGCUUGUUUCUCAAGCAUGUGGAGUACAUGGUCACAAGCCUGCGUUACAAAAUGUCCGUUUACCGGCGCUACAGUGACUUUGACGUCUUCCACGAGGUCCUGCUUCAGAGAUUCGCCUACAGAGUGGUGCCCUCGCUUCCACCCAAAAGAAUGCUCAAAGGAGUCCUGAUGUCGUUUUCCGAGCGGGACUUCAUCGAGGCCAGGAGGCGAGCGCUGGGGAGGUUCCUCAACUUGGUGGCGCUGCAUCCUUUCUUCUCAGAGGACGAGCUGGUCAAGACCUUCUUCACCUUCAGCGGCUCUGAUGUCCAGAUUAGGCUGCGUGACGCUUACAAGAAAACCGGCGACGAGUUCAUAACUAACAGAUACGCAACCGUGGCAAAGGAAUUCCUCCCCACCGACAUCCAGGUGCAGUUCACCGUGAGCAGAGAACUCAUCAAGAACAUCCACAACAACUUCACCAAACUGCGCGAGCGCGCCGAGAGGAUCGCCGAGCGUUCCAAGGGCAACGCCAAUGACCUCCUCAUGUUCGGCAGGGAGAUUAGCACGUUGAGCUCGGACACGUCGUCCCUCCCGUCGUUGGCGUCGUCGCAGAGCACGUGGAGCCGUCUGUGUCACUCCCUCAAAAGUCUCUCGGUGGAGUUCGCCGUGCUCUCGGAUAAAGCGACUCAGCAGGGCCGACGGGAAGAUGACGACGUGGUGGAACGACUCAAUCUUUUCCUGGACUUGCUGCAGUCGUACAAGGACCUGUGCGAGCGCCACGAGAAGGGCGUGCUUCACGAGCAUCAGCGGGCGCUACACAAGUACGGCGUGAUGAGAAGGCAAAUGAUGACCAACACGGUGCAAAGUAAAGAGCACGUGUUGGUGGAGCAGCUGGAAUCGCGGAUCGUUCAGCAAGAGAACGCCUUGCAGACCAUGGAGUUGCGUAACUACUUUUCGCUCUUCUGCCUUCACCAAGAGACGCAACUCAUCUUCACCUACCUGCCCAUCACGGCACACAUCUUGAGAGCCUUUGUGGACUCGCAGGUGCAAGGGCAUCGAGAGAUGGGCACAGUGUGGAAUGAACUGCAACCAAAAUUCAGCUCUCUCUUGAGUGGGAACAACGGCUCCAAACCUGCGCUUUAGCAAAUGGAUCUGUCGUGACGCAAGGACGAAACUGGAAGACAAAAAAGAUUUUCCCUACUGCACAGCGCACAUUACGUUUAGUUCAAGUGGCGUUUCCAACCACUCACUGUUUGAAUUUAUUAGUUUUGGCCUUUUGACAUUUUGGCUGUCGACUAGUAUUUGCGUGUCCAAAUUGCACAGCGCACAUUCUUACCCUUUAUGUUCAUAAGUUAUUGCGUAAGAAGUGGAGGGGCAAAAAAAAUCGAGUAUAUUUUACGUUAUUUAAACCCUGGGAAUCGUGUUUAUUUUUACUCUCAGAUUUUUGAUACAGGUGAUACACGUCUUUAUCGGCGUGCUUCCUUUUUUUGCCGUCUUGUUUUUUGGAGUUAUUCAUUGUUGACAUGACUCAACCACGUGCUUUUGUUUCAUAAGCUAAUUUAAAGCACCACAAUUCAGUUACUGAGAACACGAGCUGAGCUUUUGAUGACACUCCAGAUGUGCAAUAUGGAUAGUAGAAAUCCCACAAACCAGGUGACACCAGUUUCAAAGCUGUUUUGGAACACUUUUUGUAUUCUUAGAAAAGAAUUGACACCUUGUAGAAAGUGAUUUGCACAUCUUACAAACAAUACUGCACAAUUUAUGGUGGCAUUUUAUAGGAAAUCAGAUGACUGAUGAAUAUGUUGAUAUUUUGCCGUGUUAAACAAUAAAAUGAAGGAAAUUG